UCAUGAGAGAUUCUUGGCUGGAGGAAAGGGGACAGGCUUAACUUUUACUUACGAGCUAGGAUCAAUUCCUGCCAUUGGAUCAAUUCCUCCAGGGGUGGACAGACUACCGAGCUGAGGAUGUGGGGAUCAACAGCAGUUGUCUGGGCCAUCUGUCUGGCUUGUAUUCAGCCUGCUGUGUUCCCAUGGAUCCUCCCCUUCAGGUCAGACAAGGACAGGCCACGCCCUGCACAAACAGCCCUGUCAGAAAAGGUCGAGUGCUUCUCAGACUACAUGACCCUGCAAAUCCCGAGGAGCCGUGUGCAGGGUCUGAGGCAGUGGCUGUCCAGGAUCCUGCACCUGCCAGGUGCACAGAAGGCCCCCGAUCACCUGGAUGCUCUUCUUGCUAGAUGUGGCUACCUCCUGCAUCCCGCUCGUGAGGGCCACUUCAUCUUCCGAGCUCUGUACUCGGCCUGCUUUGUGAAGAAGGAGAAAGCAAAUUAUAGGUUGGAAAUAAGAAUAUUUCAAAAAGGGGCACAAAGGUGGAAGCAGACUGAGAGCUACAUAAUGAAGUGUCCUGCGAUCACGUCCAGGCUGGGCCAGCAGAGUGUCCGCUGUGACCCCGAAUUCAUUCAGGUCUCCCGGCCCUUGCCCCCGACGAUCGAAGGUGGACAGACCUUGUGGCUGCUGUCCCUUCGAGGGGAGCUGGUGGCUUCUCUGGAGGAUGCCAGCCUGAUGGGAUUGGAUGUGGACAUUGGAGCCACCACAGUCACCAUCCAAAGCUCGAGACAAGACCUUCUUCAGAGGCAGGAGAUGGAGAACACCUGCCUGGAGCUCCUCCCGCUCUGGCUGGUGAGUGGCAUCUACGCAUACUCCUUUGAGGCUGUGUGUCCACCGGUGUCAUCCUGGCCAGGGUCAGAAGUCUUUGUUUACAUUCCCAAGCAGGGAAGGGGUCUGGUCAAAAGAGGGUCCUUCACUGAAGAGACCCUGAGCCCCAGAUCGCUUCAAGUGCACCAGUCCGACACCUUCACGGUGACUGAGGACAGGGAUUUUGUGAUCAUCAGCAUCCCCUCAGCAAUGCUGCUUAAGUUCCAGCCUUGCCAAGAAGGAGAAGCCCCAGGGAUGCAAGCUUUCUACAGGGUAGAUGUAAGCCUGAGCUUUGUGGAGACUAUCUCUCCAGUGCACUGGACGGUGGAGAACUUCUUCCAGUGUGUGGGUUCAAGAGAAGAGUUGCCUGUCUCAACAGCCACACCAAAGACUACUUCAUCACCCCUGUCCCCUGGACAGGAGACUCCUCCAGUAGAAGUGCCAUAUGCUACCUCUUCCCAGGUCCAGGACACACAGCUGGCUGCCCUGGAGGAGCCCUCUCGGGACUUUGUGCACCUGCUUCCUGAAAAGUCCUUCAAGCCAGAGCCAGCACCAUUCCUGAAAACAACAGGACCUGCAGGAGGAAGCCAGGAGUCCACUGCCUGGCUUUUCCUCAGAGCAAUAAAAGAUCAACGUGGUUCCCAGGUUUCCCCAGAGAAAGCAGGCAUACCUCUACCUCUCCAGACUUCAGCCACACUCCCGUUGGAGCCCAUGGGAGCUACCCAGGCUGACCACACACCGUCACAUCCAGUCUUCCUGGCUUCUACUUCAUUGACCACAUAUUUGUCCUCAGAAAUCUCCUCUCCUGGAUGGCCUUCCUGGAGGCCUGAUGGGUCCAAAAUGCUCCUGGAAUCUGGACCAUCUCUGACUCUAACGGAAAGUCCAGGAGCUAUGAGGGCUGAACAGGAUUCUACCCAGUCAUCAAAAAGUCCCUUCCUGCUCACAGCAUUGUCAAGGGAGACUGUGGCUUCAGUGGAGCCCAUCCCUGGGGAGUCUACCCAUAUUAGUGAGGAGUUCCAGCUCUCCAUGAGGCCCUCCAUCAGCAGCCUGGCUGAAGAGGGAGUAGUUUCCCAUCCUGCCCCCAGGAUGUCUCAGGAGAUAUCCCACAUAGUCAAGGCUGAGGGGCCACCGCAGAGUGACUGUGAUCCCUCCAGGAAGGGGGCAAAAGGGUACCUGGACUUGCCAUUCUCAGAACCAAGCCAGGUCAUGAAGGGGCUGGAGCUUAGCACCCAGCUGGGGACGGAUACCACAUUUAUCACCCCAAGAGGGAGGCAGCCAGAGGCCAGUGCCCAUCUGAAUAUCUCAGGACGAGAACCCCCUGAGAUGCACAGGGUGGGCCCAGCUGCUCCCCUGACAGCAUUUCCUAAGAGCCCCCUGCCCUUUGCCUCUAAAAACCUUGCAGCCCCUUGUGAAGAAGAGUUAGACAGGACCCCACACCCAGAGUUAGCACCCACGUGGCCUGAGGGUUGGCAUGAGUGGGAGGCUUCACACACCACCCGCCCUCUACCUUCAUACACCCCAAGGUUUCCAGCUCCUGCAGAAACCACAUUGCCCAGCUUGGGUGAGCCUGGAACCCUCUUCCCUGAUGAUCAGGGGGUCUUGCCCCAGCAGGAACCAUCGGAGUCCAUACUCCCUGGCCCAGAAGUCCAGCUGUGGCCAGGCAUGGUGGCCUGGGCCGGAACCACACUCAGUGCUUCCCUGCGAGGGUGGUGCCUCACUCGCCAGGCCGACCUCCGUGGCUGGAAGUGGGAUUUGAAACGCAGCCAAGAAGAGGAGGCCGGCGGCAACGCCGCCCGGAACGCGAACUAA